AUGGACCAGGCACCACUGCUGAAGCCUGAGAAGAGAGCAUCUUUACUAACAUGGGGUGCCGUCGUGGAAGAGCUAAAAAAGGUGAGUUGCUUGGCAGCUCCGCUGAUGUUGGUGGCGACGACACUGUACCUAUUUCAGGUUGUAUCAUUGAUGAUGGCAGGGCACCUUAGUGCCUUGUCACUCUCCGGGGUCUCCAUCGCCACUUCUUUCACAAAUGUCACUGGCUUCAGUCUCAUAGUUGGAUUAGCUGGAGGUUUGGAAACUCUCUGCGGCCAAGCAUAUGGAGCUGAGCAAUUUAAAAAGUUCGGAAGCUAUACAUACUGUGCAAUAAUAUCACUCAUUCCAAUCUGUAUCCCUAUAUCUAUUCUUUGGAUAUUCAUGGACAGGAUACUAAUGGCAAUAGGAAUAGACUCUGAUAUCUCAAUCGUAGCCUGCAAUUAUGUCAUUUGUCUCAUUCCUGCAUUAUUUGCCAAUGCUGUUAGUGGUCCUAUGUUUCGCUACUUCCAGUGUCAAAGCAUGACUCUCCCUAUGCUUUUAAGCAACUGUGCAACUCUAUGUCUCCAUAUCCCUCUUUGCUGGGCUCUAGUAUAUAAGUGGGAAUUAAGAUACAAGGGAGCAGCAUUAGCCAUUGGUUUGUCCAAUUGGUUAAAUGUGCUCUCCCUUGCACUUUACAUGAGGUUCUCUUCGUCGUGUGAGAAAACCCGUGGCCUCUACUGGGAUGAUGUUUUCUCAAGCAUAAAGGAGUUCCUACGCAUUGCUUUCCCUUCUGCUGCAAUGGUUUGCCUUGAGUGGUGGACCUUUGAGAUACUUCUGUUGCUGGCUGGGCUUCUGCCGGAUUCGAAGCUUGAAACAUCUGUUCUUUCCGUUUGCCUGACAACCGUGUCAUUGCUCUACUUUGUACAAUAUGGAAUUUCUGCUGCUGGAAGUACUCGGGUUUCGAAUGAGUUAGGAGCUGGAAAUCCACAGACAGCUCGAGGGGUUGUCUAUGCAGUACUGAUCAUUUCUGUUACAGAGGCAGUUAUAGUGAGCAUAACUCUCUUCUUCUGCCGCUACUUUUUUGGAUUUGCUUUUAGCAAUGACAAAGGGGUUGUGGCCUAUGUUGCUGAAAUGGCUCCCCUGCUUUGUCUCUCAAUUAUCAUGGAUGGCUUACAAACAACACUUUCUGGGAUUGUUAGAGGAUGUGGGUGGCAACACAUCGGUGCCUUUGUCAACCUGGCGGCAUAUGAUUUAGUUGCAGCUCCAGUAGCUGUUCUGCUGUGCUUCGUUGCGAAUCUUAGAGGGAAAGGCCUCUGGAUUGGGGUACUAUCUGGGACAACUGUACAGGCAACAUCAUAUGCUGUCAUAACUAUAUCGAUGAAUUGGAAAAAACAGGCAUCCGAGGCAAGGAAGAGGAUCUUUGAGGGGACAUAUUCGAGCGAUAAUGAAUUGCCUUGA